CUUACUACGUAACUGCUUCCGGGUUGUAGGGUGACCUUGAGCCCUCGAAAGCGACAUGGCGGGUCUCUUAAAGCUGGGCUUUCUCUGCAGUGGCCAAGGAGCUCGAGCUCUGUUGCUCCGAAGCCAGGUGGCCAGACCUGCUUACGUGUCAGCAUUCCUCCAGGACCGGCCUACCCCAGGAUGGUGUGGUGCCCAGCACAUUCACCUGUCACCAAGCCACCGCUCUGGUUCCAAGGCUGCAUCUCUGCACUGGACCAGUGAGAGGGUUGUCAGUGUUUUGCUGCUGGGCCUGCUUCCCGCUGGGUACUUGAAUCCCUGCUCUGCGGUGGACUACUCUCUGGCUGCAGCCCUCACCCUGCAUAGUCACUGGGGCCUUGGACAAGUGGUUAUCGACUACGUUCAUGGGGACACACUGCAGAAGGCUGCCAAGGCAGGCCUCUUGGCCGUCUCAGCUCUGACCUUUGCUGGGCUUUGCUACUUCAAUUACCAUGACGUAGGCAUCUGCAGAGCGGUUGCCAUGCUGUGGAAGCUCUGAGCUUGGUGCAGCAUUCGAUUGUAUGCCUCCCUGCCGCUGCCUCACCAGUGCCGCUCACCUCGCAGUGAGGAGGGAUGAAGGAUAAGGCCAUUGGUGGGCAGAACGCCUUCUAAUUACAUGGUUAUUUUCAGAAUUUAUUUGUUGAAGAAGAGGUUUGAGGAGUUAGGUUGGCCCAUUUGUGAGUCUGAGUUCCAUGUCCACUGAGUAUGGUCGCCAGCUCACAGGCCUCAUGGUGUAACUGAACAUUUCAUAGCUCAUGUUGUCUUUGACCAGCUUUUCUGAAAGAGAGCCAGCUGAUUGCUGUCAGGAUAAGAGUAGCUGUCUCUCCUCAGACCAGGAGGGAGUGCUGUGCCCUCAUGAGUCAGACAUGGCAGGAAACUGGAAAGUGUUCCCUUUGGAACCUUCCAUUCUUGUUCAGGUGACACCAGCUAUGGCUCUGUUUCUAGGGGACUUUUAAUCAGGAGAUGCUCUCAACUCAAUUACUGAUUUUUUUUUUUUAAGUCUUAGGAAGGAAAUCGAGGAAAGCUAGAUUUAAAGAAGUUCAAUGUAGGGAGUUCUCCUUGUAGGUGGGUUAAAAUAUGACAGAUUGCAAACAGACUACUCUUCAGAUGUAUCUCACUUGUACAGAAAUGAGCUGUCCAAAAAUAUAAGACUAAGGAAUAACCUGUCUUCCCACCGUGGGAGUUGUUAAUGAGAAAGUGUACUCUGGAAAAGCAAAAUUUUUAAAUAAAAUAUUAUAUAAUGAAAA